UAGCACUUUCUCUACAUGAUGUCCAAACGCUAAAAACUUGUGAAUAUACGUCAUAAAAUACGCACAAUAUAUCAUACUGAUUCUAAGGAAAUAAUUACUAUGAAAAAAUCCUAUCUUUUUUCAAUAUUAUAAAAUGUUGAAAAUCUCCUAAAAAACGCAGUUAUAUGCAACUUAUACAGUUAUUAAGAAUUCAUCAAAUCGUAAUGCAUAUUCUAAAGAUUAAUAAAAUUAAAAAGUACAUUUUGGGAUUUAAUGUUUUGCAGAAAAAAAUGCCAGCCUUGAAGCUCUUCGGGCGGAAAUGGUUAACAGCCACGGAUGAUCUCGUCUACCCUGAAUUGUUUGAAAUUUUGAUACGUCUUAUUUGGUUGAUCUUGAUAGGAAUAGGAUGCAUCAAAUAUUAUUUAAGUACUUGGAAAUGCCAGCUAGGAGGUGAUCUGGUCCGUGUAUAUUUGUUAGGAGAAGUAAUCAUCCUUGGCAUAGUUAUGAUUCUUACAUUUUUUAUUAUAAGAUAUAGCAGUAGAGGAUCGAUAACGGAUACGCACGCUCGCCGAUACGUUGAACCGCUUCUCACGGUGAAAAUACUUAUGAUUUUACCGGAAAUAAAUUGGAAUAUAUUGGGAACGCUUUGGAGCUUUAACAAAUACAUAGAAUGCGAGAUAGAACAGUACACGAUAAGUGUCGUGAAGGCAAUGGUAUUUUUCAAUUGGAUCCUCAUCGGCCUCACAAUUUUCGGUUUUAUUCUUGUUUUCGAUCCUCUUGGCUCGAUGGAUAUGCGCAAAAAUAAUUUAGAUGACUCAAUCGAGCAUGGAAAGAUAUCACGAAUUUGGCGACGAAGAUUUAAGUUCCUUUGGUGGAUGAGAAAGGACGAAAGCGCCAACGAAACCUUCCAACAUGUUGCUGGUUUACUCACUGCUCUAUUUCGAGGAACGGAUUUGGUACCUUCCGACGUUAUGGCAGGCUUAAUUCUACUGCGAGUUAGGCAAAAACGUGAAACGCACAAAUUGAGAACAUUAAAUCUUUCUAAACCGAAAUAUACUGUUGAUGCACGUGAUAUUUUCAUCAACACUCCCAGCUGGAUGACCUUGGAAAAUGCUCAUCAUUUUCUUAAAUUAUCUAUCGCAUCUUACGGCUGGCUUUUCGUUUGUUAUCAACAUGUGUGUACCGGAUGUUUCCGUUUAAUACCAAACUUAACUUUCUGCGGCUGUUUCCGAAAAAAACGGAAAGUUAUCCUGGACGACAAUUGUUGUUUCUGCAAUUUAUCCGGAGUAAAAUAUAUGUCCAAAUUAUCAAAUGACGACAUUCUCUUCGCAAGUUUUAAAAACCAUUUAUGUGAAGUAAGCUUAAGCACGAGAUAAAUAGAAUAAUAAUUCUAUGUCACUUAUUAUACAAAAUUUUCAUCUUUGUAUGUAAUUGACAGAUACCUUUUUGCGUAAUAGCCGAUCAUAAAACUUCUAGCAUCGCUAUAGUUAUACGAGGCUCUUUGUCAU